AUGGCCUUCUUUGAGGACCCUCGACUGCGCCGGCGCUGGAACCAAAUAGCCCAUGAUGCCGAGACGGUCACGGAAAACGCCGCCGCGGGCGUCUUCAACCUGCAGCAAAACUACAUCAAUCCCUGCUUGAGCUCCAUAGCGCACUCCAUCGAGCAGUGCACCGCGGUUUGCCUGGGCGAUCCGGAAGAGCGGCUGCGCCGACGAAGGGAGCGCCAACGAGCCCGCGAUCACGCCGAAUUCGACUUCGACUUUUACGACGACUGGUAUCAGGAGGAGCAAGGCGGCGGCGGCGGCAUUUUGGGCAGCUGGGGCGGCGAGGACUGGGAUCGGCUGCUCGCCGGCGCGGGAGGCGCCAGGAAGCACGGGGGGGAGACGACGGAGCAGCCGCGCCGGAAGCGCGGCAUGAGCUACGGCACAAGAGGCACGAGGAGGAAAGCGAGCACGGCCGACGACCCCACCAUCAUCCCGAGCACGCAGCCCCUUGGCUUCCUGAGCAAGCUGCCGUGGAAGAUGGGCGGCACCCUGCGCUACAAACCCAGCGCCGCGGAUCUGCAAGAUCACCCCGUCAAGCACGAUGCGGGGGAAGCGGCGCCGCUGCUGGCGCCUGACGACGCGUCCGCCCACGGCCAGGUGCUGCGCAUGCCGCCGCGGCAGCGAAGCGGGACGACGGCGUCGGCGGGCACCUCGGACUCGUACAGAUCAAGGGGCGACCUGUUUCCCAGCGACGGCGAGGGCGAGGAGGAUGCCAUUCCCCUGGCUGACGACGUGACGUACGACAUGAUCAAGAAGGACGACCGGAGCAGCGGCAAGACGAAGAGGAGCAGCAGCAGCGGCAAGGGCAAACGGCCGGCCGGCGGCUUCUCCGGAUCCAGGACCGUGUCACGGUCGACGCUGGCAUCGACCACCACGUCGGCAGACUCGCCGGACCGCGAGCGCCCGCACUACCCGCUGGCCCCGGCGCCGGGAGCGGCCGAGACGCCGUCCGUGGACGACUUGCGCGCCGAGGAGGAGCGGCUGCAGCGCGAGCAAGACGGAGAGUUGGCGCGGCGCAAGGAAGCCGCGCAGCAGCUCGCAUGCGAGCGAGGGCUCGUCGCGGCCAGACCGCAGGUCCAGGCGCACGAGAUUUCGCACCUCGAGUCCGACGUGCUGGUCGAGGCAGACGAGCCGCCACCACGGCAUCCCGCGGCCAACGGACGAGAAGAAAAGGGGGCGCAACAGCCUCCGGGACGCGUCCCUGGGAGAAGCGACCAAGACGCCUUUAUGCGGUUCGCGGCUGCAGAGCCUACUGCACCCGAGGCCGUGGGCCGCAACGGUGAUCAAAAGGCCGCAGCGACGAGGAAGGCGACGGCCACGCCGACUACGCCGGCUUUCCAGGCAGCGCGCUUGCCUCGAUUCGGGUAA